AUGACGUCGAAAGUCACCCAAAAGUGUAACCUUAUAAUUACACGAGCUGAAAGGGUCAAAGCAAAGAUGAAACUUCAACUUUCUUCAACUGCUAAACAGGAUGAAGCAAACGACAUGGGGUCAGGAUGGGAGAGAUUUAACUUUGACAAAGACGCCCCACUUGAUGAUGAAGAGAUUGAAGCUGCGGAAGAUGAUGGAGCGUUAGUGAAGCAUACUAGUCAAACUUUCCGCUUUUCUGGUGUAGAGGCAAAACGGGAGGAGAAGAUUAAGGCGACUCAUGAUGAAGCAUUUUUGGAACAUCAUCACUUGCACCACCUAUGGAUAAAGACAGUGAAGGAGACGGAAACAAUAGUACAAGAGAAAGUCCCGAAACUGGCCCUGUUGCAAGUCUCAUAA